CGGUGACGGUUAGAGUUUCGAACCUCUUGCAUCUGUAAUAUAUGAUCAUUAUUUCUAGUACUUUUUUUUAUAAAUUGUAAAUGUUCAUAGUGUCUUUGUUAUAAUUAUUGUAUAAUUUUAUCGUUGAAACGAAAAUAUUGGGACGAGAAAAAUGUUACGAGAAAGUCUGCAUAAAAUUAUGAAUUAUAAUUUAUACGUAGCCCUCUAUCGGUGACUGGAGAAAUUUUGAAACACGUAGUCAAAGUCGGCUCUACAGUGAUUCUUGUCCAACGGAUAAUCCAUAUUACAAUUUCACGAGUGUCGCGUGUUUCUGGUCUGUAUCGUGCAUUUAUGAAUUGAAAAUAUGCAGUGAUAUGAAUAUAAAUAUACGUUGAGAGAAAUAUUCCGUGUGCCAUGAGAGUUUGCAUGCGUGUACGGACACCGUUUUGAGGAAAUAACGCCGCAGAGGUGUACGUGUGGGAUUUCAAAACGGACUGGUUUAUGUUAGAGACGAUGUCAUUAUUCAAUAAACCGAAGAGGAAUAUCCGACGUCGACACUUCAACGACGAUGACGAGGAUAAUGAGAACAGAAUGGAGGUGGAGGACACGCAGCCAGUUAAGUCUAAGACAAAGAAGAAAGAUAAACCGAAGCAGACGCUUCUUAGUUUUGGAGAGGAGCUGGAGGAAGCGGACGAUGGUGAAGUCUUUAAAGUGAAGAAAUCAUCGAGGAGCAAAAAGUUGAUGAAACAGCUAGAUCAUGAGAGGAGAAAAAAGAAAGGUGAAGAGAAAAUGCAAGUGGACUCUGAGCAAGCGAACAUGUCCAUUAAACAGGAAAAAGAUUUAGAAAUAAAGACAGAUGAUCUAGUAGUUAAAAUAAAAAAUACUGGACCCUUAAUCUUAAAUGGACGAGCUGCAUUAGCAGCCGGAAAAGAUGAUUACACGUCUGAUGAAGAAGAUGACGAACCACGUAGUCACAAAUUCAGAAGGAAUACAGAUAAAGCCGAUACUAUGAAGAUUCUACUUGAAAGUGGUUGUAUACCUGAUGCCGCUAUGAUUCACGCAGCUAGAAAGUGUAGACAGAAAGCAAGAGAAUUAGGAACUGAUUUUAUUCCUGUCGAAGAGCAAAGCGAUGAUAAGGGGAAAUCAAGACUUAUCAGGGAAGAAGACCAUGAUAGAAGCGAUGACGAUGAUUCUCAGGAUAGAAUCGAUAUGACUGUUAACACUGAAGCUCGAGAUAAAGAAAAAAGAAGAGAAGCAUUCCUUGCUUCGCAAGCACCAAUAAAACUUUCCGAUGAUGAAAGUGAACACGAAAACGAAGAGGAAGAAUGGGAAGCUCAACAAAUCAGGAAAGGUGUUACAGGGGCACAGAUUGCAGCGGUACAGCAGGACUCUAUGAUGCAGCAGCAAUACUCGAUGGGUAUGAAUGUGAAUCAGAUAAUGGGAAGUGGAGUACCUUUAGAAAUGGUAAUGAUGCCAGCUCCGCCACCUCCACCAACGAUUCAUCCACCAGACCCAACAAAAAUAGUACCAGUCACUCCCCAAGAAGUUGUCAAUAAGAUGCGUGCAAGAUUGGACAGUUUGAAAGAAGUACAUCGACGUCAUCAAUUAGAUCAGGAUCGUUUAGAACAAGAAUUAAGACAGACUAUGAAAGAACUGGACGAUGGCGAAAUUCGCGCACCACAGCUUGCACAGCGCUUCAGAUAUUACCAAGAGUUGCGUGGGUAUGUCACUGACUUGGUAGAGUGUCUUGAUGAGAAGCUGCCUCUGGUUGUUGGAUUGGAGCAACGUUGGUUAGAUCUUUAUAGUGAACGUGCGACUGAGCUAAUGGAAAGAAGACGACAGGACACGAGAGAUCAAGCCGAAGAAAUUACUACAGCUGCAAGAGGCCAGCCAAUACGAAGGGGACCAGAAGUUGAAGCUCGCAUUCGUCGAGCAACAGAAAGAGAAGGAAGAAGGGCUCGUCGAAGAAGAGCCAGAGAACUAGCUCCUACAUUACCCAAACAUAUUGAUGGAAUGUCUAGCGACGAUGAAGUUACUGAACAGCAAAAUCUUGCUUUUAAACAAACGAAAGAUGAAAUCGAUAACGAAAGCAAAGAUAUCUUCUUUGAUGUAAUGGACGAGUACUGCACAUUGAGAGGAAUACUAACAAAGUUGGAGUCUUGGAGAGAAACGGAUAGAGAUGCUUAUAUGGAGGCUUACGUUUCUUUAUGUAUACCUAAAAUCAUAUCUCCUAUCAUUAGAUUACAGUUACUUACAUGGAAUCCAAUUAUGGAGAGCGCUGACAUAGAAAGAACGAAGUGGUACAACACACUAUUGUUGUAUGCGUUAGAUAAUAAAGAAACUGAGGAAUCGCUUAAAAGGGAUCCAGAUGUUAGAUUGGUACCGUCAACGGUGGAAAAAAUUGUAUUACCUAGACUGACAUCUAUAGUCGACAAAAUAUGGGAUCCAAUGUCAACGUCACAGACAUUACGACUCGUAGGCACAGUGAAUCGUCUUAUUAGAGACUACCCGAAUUUAAAUGAUACCAGUAAACAAUUAGAAACACUAUUUAAUACCAUAUUAGACAAAAUUAAAGCAGCAGUAGAGAAUGAUGUUUUUAUACCAAUUUUUCCGAAACAAGUUCUGGACACUAAACAUCAAUUUUUUCAAAGGCAGUUCUCGAUGGCAGUUAAGCUGUUGAGAAAUUUAUUAAGCUGGCAAGGUCUUCUCGGUGACACACAGUUGAAAAACUUAGCUCUUGGUUCGUUGUUGAAUCGAUACCUUCUAGCUGGUUUGAGAGUUUCUGCUCCAACUGAUGCUUUGUUCAAAGCAAACAUGGUAAUGAGUACAUUGCCCCGUGCAUGGUUGCAAGGCGAAACAAUAGAACAUCUAAGAAUGUUUGCUACGCUUAUACAACAACUUAGUGAACAAUUAGACCAAGCAAAUCCAGCGCAUAACGAAGCCUGGGAAUAUUCGAAGUCCAUCCUGAAAAUAAUCAAGCCUUUGUAAUGUAUUAAUUGUGUACGCAUUUCUUGAUACUUUACGGUACAUUCAUUUUACAAUAUUCAUUAAUACGCCUAUCUAUAGUUUUGUACGCACCUGAAAGGAUCUUAUACAUGGCGAAUUGCAGUACAAUUUACUUGUGUAAUAUAUAAGAAUGUAAUUUUGUAUAGAAAUAAAUUAAAUUAGAUUCUGAUAACAGUACACUUUCCAAUGGCAGUUGUAAAUAAGAAAGAACAGUAUGUGAAAAU